GGAAUAAGGAUGUCAUGUGUUACAAGAUUUUAAUUAACAGGUGGAGAGAUGUGGAAAUAAAAUAUACAUAAUGACAAAAUAUUGGAAGAAUUACUAAUUUUGCGAAGCAGAAGUUAUGUAAAUGACAAGUGUAAUGGUCAUAUUUUUGGAAAAAUUUAUCUACUUACUGCCAUGGAGUGUUAAACUAUUAUGAAUGUAAUAUGGAAUAAGAAUGUCAUGUUUUACCACAUUGUUUGCUUAAUGGUAGUGGACAUUUUAGUUAUGCCAAUUUUUUUUUUUUGAUAAAUUAGGUGAUUCAGAGAUCUUUCAAGGAAACUGAAUUGGAGAAUAUUGAGAGCAUGCGCAUUAACUGCUACUGCAAUCUGAGUGAAGUCGUGAAGAGGAUAUUGAUGAAACUGAAUCCAAAUGAAGUAGAGGAGUUCAGAAAGACAGUGUUCGGAUGGGUUUUGGAUGUGGACGAAAUGAAAAAAAUCAGUGGUCAACUGCAGCUCGGUUUUCUAUGCAACUAUGUGAAGAAGGUAAACCACAUAAAAGAGACAGAAGCUAUUCGCUUCCACAUCCAAAACAGUGUAAUUAGCUUUACCAAAAAAGAUUUAUGCAUGGCACUAGGAUUGAAAAUGGAUGCUGUGAAACCAAAUUUAGAAGAGGAGAUGAAAGGACCUUUCUGGGAAAAAUACUUUGGAAAAGCAAGUGUGAAAAGAAGAGAGGUACAAAAUGCAUUGAUGGAAUAUAAUAGUGAAGAAGCAGGAGUUGAACGAAAUGAUGGUGUGAAGCUUGCUCUACUCCAUGUGCUAUCACAUGGAUUAUUUGGGAACCAAGUGGCUAGGGAAUUACCAAGCUCUUAUGUGAAUCUGGUAGAAGAUUUAGAGGCAUUCAACACAUAUCCAUGGGGUGAAGAUGUUUGGGCAGAUUUGGUGAGCAACAUGAGGACAAAUGCCAAGAGCCUUAAGAAGUGCAAGGGAGAACGUGUGACUGUACCAGGAUGUCUAAUAGCAAUACAAGUCUGGGCGUUUGAAACUUUUACAGGGUUGGCAAAGGCAGAUAUAUGCAAGGUAAUUGAAGGGAGAGAAAUGUCAAUUCCAAGAGCAGUGAAGUGGGAGUUCCUAAAAAAGCCGCAUUUAGAAGUUUUCUGCAACAUAAUCUUCAAAAACAAAGAGUUUGAAUGGGAAAGGAUGCAGGCUACAAGUUUGGAAAUUGAAAAAUUUCCAAAUUUGCGGCCUAAUACUGGUGGCAUAGUUGGAGAGAGAAUUGAAAGUGUGAAGUUAUUCGAAAAAAAAGAGAAGAAAGGGAAGCAGAAAAAUACAAGGAUUGGGAGAAAAAGAAAAAAUAAAGAAGAUGUGCAGGAAGAGGAUGAUGAUGAUAAAGGCACAGUGGGCUUUGGCUAUGAGAGGAAAGUUAAUGUUGUGUUGAGACAGGUCAGGAAGCUUAGCAAAGAAAAUGCCAAACUAAUGGCAGAAAUGAAACAAUUCAAGAAAUCACAGAAGAGGCUUGAGAGAUUUCUUAAGCAAAUAUUGGAAAGGUUAGAUAACCAAGAGAAGGGUAAGCAGAUAACUGAGGAGAGUACAGAUGAAAGCACUGAAAAGGAGCGGGAAGAAUCAAAUGAAAAAUCAGAGAGUGAAGAUGACAAGAAUGCUGAAAGCACUGAAAAGGAGCGGGAAGAAUCAAAUGAAAAAUCAGAGAGUGAAGAUGACAAGAAUGCUGAAAGCACUGAAAAGGAGCAGGAAGAAUCAAAUGAAAAAUCAGAGAGUGAAGAUGACAAGAAUGCUACAGCUUCUGAAGAUAAUGCUGAAGGUGAGGUGGAAAGCAGUUUGCCAAAUUUUAAUAUUUUUGGACCAGAGACUCAGGAGAAAUUAAAGAAAGCAGAUGAAGGUGAAAGUGUGGAAGAAAAAGAAGAAGGAGAUGCAACUGAGGCAAACAAGACUGUUGACAAGAAUGCUAUAGAUGCAGUAACCGAGGGUGGAGUAAUGGAAGAAGAAGUUGAGAAGAAUGAUAAAGAUGCAGCAGAGGAGGGUGCAAGAAUAGAAGAAAAAGAACAAGAAGCAAGUGAGAAAGGUAAAAACAAUGUAAAUGAUAAUGAUGCUUGGGGAGAUGUGAACACACAAUUUGUGAAUGAAAUGAUCACAAGUGUGGAAGAAGUAGAGAAACAGAUGCUAGGGAGUAAUUCAAGAAAAGAGAGCACAAAUGCCAACAUCAAUGUGAAAGCGCAGGAUAGCGGAAAAGGAAAUGAAGAGAAUGAAAUGAGGGAAAGCAUGAGCAAGGGUGAAGAAACAGAAAAGGAUGUGAAAACCAUAUGCGCACAAGUGAAGAGACCAAAGCGCACUGCAAGGACCCCAGACAGAUAUACACCUGCAGAAAGUAGAAUUCAGGCAAAGAGAAGAAGGAAGGAAAUAGCAAAAAAAAGGGAUGAGGAAACUUUUUUUCCUCCAAGAGAAUAUGGACCGUUUGCGGAAGACCCAACUGAGCAACCACCAGUAGAAGAAAUGAAUAAGGUGGCAGAAUAUCUGAAAGUUGGACUGUUGAAGAGACUGACGAAAAAGGACGGUGAUAGAAAGUACAGAAUGGAUGAGGAUAAGAUGCACGGUGUCCCAUUUCUUCUGGAUAUGCACAAAAUAGAGUCCAAAACGUGGUUGUACAAGUUGUUUGUCAAUCCAGAAUGGCUAGAUGAUACGCAUAUGGAUGUGGGAAUGUUUUACUUGAAUAUGAAACAAGUGCACUACAAGUUGAAGGGCCCCAAAUACACCACAUGUGGACCAUUUUUUAUGCAGGUGCUCAGGCGUGAAAAUGAGGCAGUUAAGAAGGGUGAGGAAUCAUUCAAAACUGCAGCAGACAAUUCGAUAAUUGCAGACGAUAUCUUAGGGAUUGCUUAUCCUUUUGAUCGGAGUUGGGCACAAUCAGACUUUGUUUACAUACCUCUCAAUACCGGAAACCACUGGGUACUACUAGUUUUGGAAGUAAAGGAAAGAAAAAUAAGGAUUUACAACUCCAACAGCAGAAGGGCAGAUUCUUUACGCGAAAUUAGGCCUUAUGUGCACAGCAUUGAGUGGUUCCUGCCAAAAAUAAUGGACAUGCAUGGAGUGUAUCAAGACAUUGGGCACGAGCCGAUGAAUGAGAAAAAGAUUGAACUGGAAGCUGUGGAGGACUGUCCUCAACAAGAUGAUGGAGGGAACUGUGGCAUGUAUGUUUUGAAGUUUGCUGAAUUUCUUAUGAUGGGGAUGGAUAUAAAAGAGGUUGCCUCACUGGACAUGAGCAUGUAUCGGCAGAAAAUGGCAACAGAGUUGUUCUUGUAUAACGCAAAGAGGACAAAGGAAUGUAAACUGAAGGAAUCUUAGAGCAGUAUGGCAGAAGACAAAGUACAAGGCUGGUGUGAUGAUGGUUUAUGGAUGAAUAUGUUUUUAAUAUUUGAAUUUUUUGUAAUGCUGUUUGAUUGUUUUUUGCAAUACUGUUGACAUAAACUUACUUUUGCGAAGCACAAUAUGCUGACAAUAUAUGUGGCAUAAUCUCAUAUACUAUGUUUUGAAAUGCCUAAACAUUGGCAUUUUUUUCCAGAAAAUUAUAUUUGGUUUAUUAUGUAGUCACAUUGAUACAGAUUGACAUUUUUCUUAAUGAGACAAGUAUUAUACCAG